GCGAAAGUGCUGUUGAUUAUCAAGAGUAUUAGAUGUAAAAAAAAGGUUUUUGUCUAGAUCUAGAUCUAUUGCUUUUUGCAAUCUCAAAAAAUCUUCUGUCCAUUGACAGCGAGAAACGUAUUUUAAAGCAGUGAGAUUGAUAGAUCUACAGACUUGCAGCACAUAAAGAGAUGGAGUUAUGGGGAGUUAUUUUCUCUUUGCUUGUUUGGACUGCAAUGUUUGUCGUCGAUGCUGGUGAGGAUUACUACGCCAUGCUGGGAGUCAACAAAGAAGCUUCUGUUAAGGAAAUUAGGAAAGCUUUCAAAAAACUUGCUAUAUCCAAGCACCCAGAUAAGAAUACUGAUGAUCCAGAAGCUCAUAAUGUUUUCAUCAAAAUCAACCGAGCCUAUGAGGUUCUGAAAGAUGAAGAUUUGAGAAAGAAAUAUGAUCAGUAUGGGGAGGAGGGUCUCAAAGAUGAUUUUCAGAGGGGAAGAAGCUAUGAAAGUUGGCAGUGGUAUCAACAAAAUUUUGGUAUUUAUGAUGAUGAUCCAGAAAUUAUAACACUGAGCCGUUCAGAUUUUGAGCAAUCAGUUGAGAAUACUGGAGAACUUUGGUUCAUCAACUUUUAUUCCCCUCACUGUUCUCAUUGCCAUGAACUGGCGCCUGCUUGGCGAGAGGUUGCCAGGGAGCUGGAAAAUGUCAUUAGAAUUGGAGCAGUCAACUGUGAAGAUGACUGGCAGUUAUGUCGAAUGCAGAACAUUCAUUCAUACCCCUCACUCGUCUUCUAUCCAGCAAAAGAAAAGUACCAUGGCCAGCGCACAAGUGAAAAUCUAGUAAAGGAAGCCUUAAGCAGAGUCAAAGCAGAUUAUCAUAGGCUGACAUCUAGAAACUUUGAUCAAUUACUUGAUAGUGGUCUCCCCUGGCUUAUCACUUUCUGUGGGGAUGGAGGAGAUUGUCUUCAGAAGAAAAGCCUCAUCAAACUAGCAGCUAUGUUGGUUGACCUUGUAAGUGUGGGUAAAAUAGACUGUGACUCUGACAAUGAACUCUGCACCAAAGUAGGUCAACACCAUGGAACAUAUUUCUACAAAGAAAAAACUUUGGAGCGAGAUAAUGGAAUGGAAAUCUCCAGUCUCUAUCCAAAGGAUAUUGCAAGAUCUGUUCUUCAGCAAUUGCCUGAUGUGGAAAUUAUUAGUGAAGACUUCUUGAAGGAGAUUGCAAAUAAAAGGAAUCAGACUUGGUUGAUACAUUUUGUUGAUAAAGUUGAUAACCAAGACCUUGAGUUGAGAAAGCUACCAGCAUUGUUGAAGAAAUACAAGGUUGGCAGGGUGGACUGUGCCAAUAAGAGGUCUGUUUGUAACAAACUCUAUGUCAGCAAGUUUCCAACUUUUAUGUUAUUCAAAGCCAAAGGAGGAACUGAAGUUUAUUAUGGAGGCCGUGUCACAGCCCAUGAUGUUGCUGCCUUUGUUCAUGACAGUGCAGAGACACCAUUACAAAACUUAGGUCCUGAUGAUUUCCCAGAGAGAGUCAUCAACAGUAAAGAGCCUUGGUUUGUGGAUUUCUUUGCACCAUGGUGUCCACCCUGUAUGCGUUUGUUACCAGAAUUCAAAAAGGCAUCAAGAUUGGACAGGUCCAAUGUUAACUUUGGCACAGUGGACUGUACUGUCCACAAUGGUUUGUGCAAUACUUAUAAUAUAAGGUCGUAUCCCACUACAAUCCUGUACAAUCAGAGUAUUCCACAUCAGUACCAUGGGCAGCAUACUGUUAAAAAUUUGCUGGAAUUUAUUGAGGAUACCAUGAAACCACCAGUCAUAAUCCUGGACCAACAUUCCUUCUUUCACAAUGUGGGCAACAGACCGCCUGGUGAGAUCUGGCUGGUCGAUUACUUUGCCCCUUGGUGUGGACCAUGUCAGCAGUUAGCACCAGAGUGGAGGAGAUUAGCCAAAAAGUUUCUGGACAAAGAAAUUGUUCAUGUGGCCUCCGUUGAUUGUGAAGCUCACAGAGAGCUGUGCCGCAGUCAGAGCGUUAACUCAUACCCUACUAUGCGCUUGUACCCAGCAGGAGCUUCAGGGUCAUCCCAUUAUUAUGCUUACAAUGGCUGGAACAGAGAUGCAUCAUCACUGCAGGCUUGGGUUUACAAUUACCUUCCUUCCAAAGUUGUGGCCUUAACCUCAAGUACCUUCACUCAGACAGUUUUGGAAAGCCAAGUGCCUUGGGUUAUAGAUUUUUAUGCCCCAUGGUGUGGUCAUUGCCAGGUUUUUAAACCACAGUUUGAAAGAGUAGCAGAAAGAUUAGAAGGUGUGGCUCAGGCUGGGAAAGUAGACUGUGAUGAGUCACCAGGACUCUGUGCCCAGGCUGGCAUCACAGCUUACCCAUCAGUUAGGUUUUAUGUUGGAGCCCAGUCAAACAAAAGACAGAAUGCUCAUGGCUGGAGUAUAGAAAGUCAAAGUGUGGACUAUAUAGUUCAAUAUGUCAAAGAGAAUGUGCCUAAAACUAAAAAGAUAACAGAUGAAUUAUGAUCUGCAUUAUUUGGAUUUAGUUUUAAUAUGUUUUAGUGAUCAAAUUAAGUUAUUGAUGACUGUAUUUAUUUUAUUGCUAAAGACAUUUUCCUUCCUCCUGACAGUUAUAUUUGAGAUGACUAGCAGAUUGCAUUAAUGAAAUUAACUAAAUGUGAUGAACACACAGCUUAAGCCAUUGCUUUGUGACAUGUAAUGCUCUCUCUAUUUCUUUUCUUUUCAAGUACUAGUAUUCAACAAAACAUGCCAGAUAUGCUCUUUCUAAGAUUUACUCACAAAAAACGUAUGUAGUAAGCAGACAAUUAAAAUUUCCUUUUUUAAAACUAUUUAACAGUAGAAGCUAAAGAUACUCUCAUUGUUUUCACCUAUUUGUGUCUAUUGAUACUGUUUCAUUAUUUUCUGUGUGGAUGGUGACAUUAGGACUGGAGUCUUACAUUUUGGGGUACUUAUUAUAUCUUUGAUACUCUCAUUCUUCAAAUGUUAGUCACUCAAAUGUUAGAUACUCAGACACAUUCUUCAAAUGUUAGUCACCCCAAUGCAGAAGACACUCGACAAAAAAAAAAAAUUAACAAAGCACUUUUUUGUAUGUUUUGUUUUAUUUAUUUUUAUAAUAAAAAAAAAUUAUAGAUUUGCUUUUUGUUUUGUAAGCAAUAUAUGAAUUGUUAUUUUUUUUUUAUCAUUUUAUCUAUUAGAAAACAAAAAUGCUGUCAACACUUUCUAUGUAUAUUUUACAUGAAAUAUUUACAUAGUAGACAACCAAACUUGCUGUUGCUAAAUGAACAUAUCUUUGUUGCAUUAUAACCAUGACUGAACCUUACCACUAGUUAGGCAAAUAGCAUGUUUUACAUUACAAUUAUAUUUUUAUGUUAGACAUUUUAAGUGAAACAAAAAGUCAUCAUUAGCGGAGGAUUUCUAUUAUUUUUUU